AUGAAUGAGGCGGCACUGCAGGCUGCUAUUAAAUUCUCUGGCAAGAAAUUUGCUACGAAAGAUGCCGUCGUUACGGCAUUUAUGAAGUUGUAUACUCUGGUACAAUGCACACCUGAUCUUUCUAGUGAAGAUUGUUACACCUGCCUUGAAAAUGCCACCUCCAAUUUACCGUCAUGUUGUGAAUAUGCGCAAGGAGUAACAAUUAUUUCCCCUAGCUGCAAUAUUAGGUAUGAGAUAUACCCCUUCUACAACGCCCCAACCGUCCCUGCACCUGCGCCUGUACUUGCGCCUGCGCCUAAUAACAAACAAGGAAACAGAGGAACCUCAAGACAAGUUAUUAUUGCUAUCGUUGUUCCAAUUGUUGUUGUUUCCUUAGUGGUCUUGCUGGUAGGCUUACGUUUCUUGACUGGGAGAACGAUGAAGAAGAAACAAUAUGGUACUAUAAAGGAGAGAAAUGAAGAAGAUGAAAUUUCGACGGUUGAAGCCCUGCAAUAUGAGUUAGACACUAUCGACCUUGCUACUACCAGCUUUUCUGCUGAAAAUAAAAUUGGAGCAGGUGGAUUUGGUGACGUGUACAAGAAGAGUAACGGCUUUUACAAAUCACAUGGUACAAGAGACCUUAUAAGCUAUGCUUGGAAGCUUUGGAGAAAUGGUGCACCCUUGGAAUUGAUGGAUCCAACUUUGCAAGAGUCUCAUGUUUUGGAUGAAGUCAUUCGAUGCAUCCAAAUUGGUUUAUUGUGUGUCGAAGAAGAUGUCAAUAAAAGACCAAAAAUGGCGUCAAUACUUCUUAUGCUUAAAAGUUACUCGGACAAUUUACCUAUUCCUCAACGACCUGCAUAUUUUAUUUCAAGUGGAUCAGAUAGCAUGGCAAGAGAGACAGACCCCAAUCAACCACAAGCUAUGAAUGAAGCAUCAAUCAGCAAAUUGUGUCCAAGAUAG